UGUGAAAAAGCGUCCAGAGAACCGGAUUCAAUAUGGCUGCGCCCUUGUUAGUUGUUCAUAACUCAUAAAGCCUUUCGACAUGAUUUAUCCACAUAAAACGUUGAUAGACUUUGACGCAGAGCAAAUUUUUAUAUAGCGGCAUUGAUGGUUACCCAGAGUGAAGAGAGAUGAAUAUUUUGAGACUAAGAGCGUUGUCUUCAGUGUCAUGUUUCCCAGCCAAUCUAUGUACUAAUGGAGUACAGAAGGUUUUUUCCACAGUUGGCUUACCUUCAUACAGAAAAUAUUCUUGUCUUUGUGUUCACGUUGAGCAUACAUUUCUCAGGCAAUAUCGUCAUGAGGAGAAGUUUGGCACAUUACAUCCAGUUCUAGCCACAUGUGUUAGAAGCUAUUCUAAAGAUGUCAACAAUAAUGGCAUCAGCAAUCCCACAUUUCCCACAGGACCCCCUGUAGAGCGGGCUCCAGUGAGCAAUGACUAUGAAUACACGCUGACCAAUAUGUUGGUAGAGGGUAUGAGUGCAUUUCUGAACAGCGUUCAUGAUUUCACUGGCCUCAACUGGUGUGCUGUCAUUGCUCUUGCUGUUGUUCCAAUUAGAUUGCUUACAAGCUACGUUCUUUUGUACUACUCCUACCGCAAUGAAGUGAAAGUUAUUAAGAAUCAAGACAAGAUAUUUUCACCAGAAAAUAUAAAGAAGAUUGAUAAAGAAUAUACAGCGUCAAAAAACAAAAUGACUACACCUCAUGAAAGAGAAAUUGCAGUUGGAAGAUUGGCUCACAAGCAGCUGCAAGAGCUUAACAAGGAGACAAAAUGUUCAAGCAUGAAGUCAAUUGCUUACAACAUUCUGCCGCUGCCUGUAUGGAUGGGCUUUUCAUUUGCUAUCAGAAACUUGAUGGGGUUUACAAGCAUGCGACAAUCUGAUUCCAUGAUGGGGUAUACAAGCAUAUGGGAAUCCAAGUCCAUAGAAGUCAUACCUGACCUAUCAACGCAGGGUGUACUGUGGUUCCAGAACUUGGCUGUGAUGGACCCUUUCCAUGUUCUUCCCAUGAUAGCAGGACUGGGGUUCAUCAUGACAAAUAGGAUAUUAAGCCUUUCGCGACCCGUGCAGAAAGUGGACAGAUACCAUCCAGCCUUUCUUUCCUACAUCAGAAUGAAAAUGAUCACUAGAUUCUUCGAUGCUUGGUCACUGUUUUUUAUUUACAUCACAUGGAAUGUCAUGUCUGGUGUCACCUAUUAUUGGGCGUUGUCAGCAUUUACUGCGGUCUUAUCACGCCUGCUGUUAAUGCAUCCAAAACUCAUGAAGACCUUGCUUUCUAAAGAGGACUAUCAGUUUGGUGUGGAGCGCAAGAUGCUUCUUGAAAGGCCCUACCACAUUAUGUGGGUCAACUUCAGAGCACGGUGGACAGGGGAACAGAAGAUCUACAUGGAACUACCAGACAAUAAACGCAGAAGAACGUAGCUCAAAUUGUGGAAUUUUAAUGAAAAAUAAAACAAUUUAUCAUAUGGAGCUGUGAAUGAAAUGUGAUAUUUUUGGAUAACUUAAAUACUAGUAACAUCCAUUAAUGUUAUAGGUGAUUUGCAUUUGUUAAAUCUUGUGUUUUAAUUCAAAUGAAUGUGCCUCAUUCUGGGAAAUCUAGGCUUAAUGCAUGUGCUAAAGUGUCAUCCCAGAUUACCCCGUGCAGCCCACACAGGCUAAUCAGGGGCAACAACUACCUGCUGAACUGGAUUUUCUGUUUUCCCAAAGCAAGGCUCAAAUUGAUUUAAAAGUAACCACCAAUAAUAUAAGUGGCGUUCUGAGAAAACUGGAGAUAAUGCAUGUGCAUAAAGUGUCGUCCCUGGGACGACACUUUCCGCUUUUAUGACAUUUUUGGUUUAAUUGAAGUCUCUUCUUAGCAAAAAUCCAAUUUAGGCGGAAAGUGCAGUCUGCACAGGCUAAUCUGGGAAGACACUACACACAUGCAUUAUGCCCAGUUUUCUCAGAACACGACUCAUAUAAACAUACAUGUUGAAGGCGAUUCUCUUAUGUUAAAGUCUUGUGUGCUGUGUUUGAAUUCAAACAAAUAUAUAGACAGUCAAUAUAUAGAAUAUUUUUAUCAUGUGAUGAACGGGCUGAUCGUGUAUCCUUCUAAUUACAAGUCAGCUAUAGAAGAAAUAAUUCUGCAAGUGGACAGUUAAUGAUUGCUAUUAUAAUUAGAUAUAUUAUGUUCAAAACUGUUAAACAGUAUAUCUUAAAUUUCUGUUCCUUGGACAAAGGUUAGGCAGUUUAUUUCUUUAUCUUUUCCACAUAGAUAAGUAUGUUCACGCAUUUGAAGUCCCUUAGAAAGUUAUAUUUAAUUGAAGACCUUUUUUUGCUAGAUUCCAGUUUUAAAGGCUUCAUUUCCAAACCUUAGAUACUGAUAAGCAGCAAACAAUAUAAAACCUGAACAGAUAGGGAGUUACUCACAGGUUGUUCUGGUUUUAUGCUGUUUGCCAUUUUUACAUUGCUUCUAAGUGGGAAAGGGUUAAGCAUAUUUUGAUUAGUAUUAGAACCUUAUUGUUCUGCAUUAUAUUACACUAGUUUUACUUUUUUAUGAAUUGUCCUACCCUUGUGUCCAUUAAGAUCAGAAAGAUUGUGUUUGUUAGAUAUAUGUUUGCCAAACUAUUUGUCAUUUGGAAAAACAUUAAUAGAAGUGAACCUAAAUGAAGUGAAUUUUAUCUUUUUGAGCCUGUGUGCCUCAUGUUCAACUGGAUGACAAUAGGAAAAGUUAUAGUCACUUUUAGGUAAAGGAUUUGAGCCAUACACCGAGAAGACAGGGCUUAAUGCAUGUGCAAAAUGUCAUCCCAGAUUAGCAUGUGCAGACCAAACAGGCUAAUAAGAGAUGACAAUUUUAACUUUUAUGGAAUGUUUUGUUUAAAUUAAGUCUGUGAGGACUGCGCAGGCUAAUCUGGGACAAAACUUUAUGCACUUGGAUUAAGCCCCAUGUUCCCAGAGUAGGCUCAUUUUAAAUGAAUGACGUAAUGUCUUCUUGUUGUAUGUGGUUUCUGCUAUGUAACUAAUCUUUCAGAGUGUAAUUAAGGGGCCGUUCAUACAGUAUGUCACGCUCCAGAGGAGGAGGUGUUAGAAAGUGGUACAUGGUGGAGGGGCAGGCCAUCUGUGACGUCAUACUUUUUUAUAUUAUUAUCUAAUGUAUUUUUUUUUUGAUAAGAUAAUUUUAUAGCUUAAAAAAAAAUGUUCAAAAUCUUUAUGAAACAUUUGAAAUUGUAUUAUAUCAAAAUAGCAUUAAAUGGGUAUCUACUGGA